CUCCAGCAAACCCCACCUUGCUCAGCAGGAUGGACGGCAAGCGGAGGCCGGGUCCAGGGCCUGGGGUGCCCCCGAAGCGGGCCCGAGGUGGGGGCCUCUGGGAUGAGGACGAGACACCUCGGCCAUCCCAGUUCGAAGAGGAGCUGGCGCUGAUGGAGGAGAUGGAGGCCGAGCACAGGCUGCAGGAACAGGAGGAGGAGGAGCUGCAGGCGGCCCUGGAGGGGGCUGUGGACGGGCAGUUCCGCUCAGCCAUAGAUUCCCGCUGGGUUCGGCCCACCCCACCCUCCUUGGACCCCCAGACGGAGCCCCUAAUCUUCCAGCAGUUGGAGAUCGACCAUUAUGUGGGCCCAGCGCAGGCCCUGCCUGGAGGACCACCACCGUCCCGCAGUUCUGUCCCGGUGCUCCGUGCCUUUGGUGUGACGGACGAGGGCGUGUCUGUGUGCUGCCACAUCCACGGCUUUGCACCCUACUUUUACACGCCAGCACCACCGGGUUUCGGGCCCCAGCACCUGAGUGACCUGCAGCGGGAGCUGAAUGUGGCCAUCAGCCGGGACCAGCGCGGUGGCAAGGAGCUCGCAGGGCCGGCGGUGCUGGCGGUGGAACUGUGCGCGCGAGAGAGCAUGUUCGGAUACCAGGGGCACGGGCCCUCCCCGUUCCUGCGUAUCACCCUGGCCUUGCCCCGCCUGGUGGCACCGGCCCGGCGCCUCCUGGAGCAGGGCAUCCGAGUGGCCGGCCUGGGCACCCCCAGCUUCGCGCCUUAUGAAGCCAACGUGGACUUUGAGAUCCGGUUCAUGGUGGAUGCAGACAUCGUGGGCUGCAACUGGCUGGAGCUCCCUGCUGGGAAAUACUUCCUGAGGACACAGGGGAAGGCCACGCUGUGCCAGCUGGAGGCCGAUGUGCUGUGGUCGGACGUGGUCAGUCACCCCCCAGAAGGGUCCUGGCAGCGCAUUGCACCCCUGCGCGUGCUCAGCUUCGACAUCGAGUGUGCCGGCCGCAAAGGCAUCUUCCCUGAGCCGGAGCGGGACCCGGUGAUCCAGAUCUGCUCACUGGGCCUGCGCUGGGGAGAGACGGAGCCCUUCCUGCGCCUGGCGCUCACCCUGCGACCCUGCGCCCCCAUCCUGGGAGCCAGGGUGCAGAGCUACGACAGCGAAGAAGAAUUGCUCCAGGCCUGGUCCACCUUCAUCCGCACCAUGGACCCCGACGUGAUCACAGGCUACAACAUUCAGAACUUCGACCUUCCGUACCUCAUCUCUCGGGCCCAGACCCUCAAGGUGGAAGCCUUCCCCUUCCUGGGCCGUGUGGCUGGCCUGCGCUCCACCAUCCGGGACUCGUCGUUCCAGUCCAAACAGACGGGCCGACGGGACAGCAAGGUGGUCAGCAUGGUGGGCCGUGUGCAGAUGGACAUGCUGCAGGUGCUGCUGCGGGAGCACAAGCUGCGCUCCUACACGCUCAACGCCGUGAGCUUCCACUUCCUGGGCGAGCAGAAGGAGGACGUGCAGCACAGCAUCAUCACCGACCUGCAGAACGGGAAUGACCAGACCCGCCGCCGCCUGGCCGUGUACUGCCUCAAGGACGCCUUGUACUACGACGUCCCCAUCGCCACCCUGGACUUCUCCUCGCUGUACCCGUCCAUCAUGAUGGCUCACAACCUGUGCUACACCACACUCCUGCGGCCCGGGGCUGCCCAGAAGCUGGGCCUGACUGCGGAUCAGUUCAUCAAGACCCCCACAGGGGACGAGUUUGUGAAGACGUCGGUGCGGAAAGGGCUGCUGCCCCAGAUCCUGGAGAACCUGCUCAGUGCUCGGAAGAGAGCCAAGGCUGAGCUGGCCAAGGAGACAGACCCCUUGCGGCGGCAGGUGCUGGACGGGCGGCAACUCGCGCUCAAGGUGAGCGCCAACUCCGUGUACGGCUUCACCGGCGCUCAGGUGGGCAGGCUGCCAUGUUUGGAGAUCUCACAGAGUGUCACCGGGUUCGGGCGUCAAAUGAUUGAGAAAACCAAGCAACUGGUCGAGGCCAAGUACACAGUGGGGAACGGCUACAGUGCGGACGCCAAGGUGGUGUAUGGAGACACUGACUCUGUCAUGUGCAGAUUCGGGGUCUCCUCUGUGGCUGAGGCGAUGGCCCUGGGGCGCGAGGCCGCUGACUGGGUAUCGGGUCACUUUCCACCACCCAUCCGGCUCGAGUUUGAGAAGGUCUACUUCCCGUAUCUGCUCAUCAGCAAGAAGCGCUAUGCAGGCCUGCUCUUCUCCUCGAGGCCCGACACACACGACCGCAUGGACUGCAAGGGCCUGGAGGCCGUGCGCAGGGACAACUGCCCCCUUGUGGCUAACCUCGUCACCGCCUCGCUGCGCCACCUGCUCAUCGACAGAGACCCCGCGGGUGCUGUGGCCCACGCGCAGGACGUCAUCUCGGACCUGCUGUGUAACCGCAUCGACAUCUCCCAGCUGGUCAUCACCAAGGAGCUGACCCGCGCUGCCGCCGACUACGCGGGCAAGCAGGCCCACGUGGAGCUGGCCGAGAGGAUGAGGAAGCGGGACCCCGGGAGUGCGCCCAGCCUGGGCGACCGCGUCCCCUACGUGAUCAUCGGGGCCGCCAAGGGCGUGGCUGCCUACAUGAAGUCGGAGGAUCCCCUGUUCGUGCUGGAGCACAGCCUGCCCAUCGACACCCAGUACUACCUGGAGCAGCAGCUGGCCCAGCCGCUCCUGCGCAUCUUCGAGCCCAUCCUGGGCGAGGGCCGUGCGGAGGCCGUGCUUCUGCGGGGUGACCACACACGCUGCAAGACCGUUCUCACGGGCAAAGUGGGCGGCCUCCUGGCCUUUGCCAAGCGCCGCACCUGCUGUAUCGGCUGGGGGGCCAGCCACCAGGGAGCUGUGUGCCAGUUCUGCCAACCCCGGGAGUCAGAGCUGUAUCAGAAAGAGGUGUCCCACCUGAACGCCCUGGAGGAGCGCUUCUCACGCCUGUGGACCCAGUGCCAGCGCUGUCAGGGCAGCCUGCACGAGGACGUCAUCUGCACCAGGCUCGACGGGCCGCACUUCAGCUGUCUGUACCCGGAUGGUGUCUUCUACGACCUGGACAGCUGCAAGCACUCCAGUUACCCCGACUCAGAGGGGGCCCCCGACUCCCUGUGGGGCUGGGCUGAGGCUCCGCCCGGUCCAGCCGUCCCCUAUGAAGCCUUCGACCCUGCGGCAGCUGCCUGUGGUCACCCCCAGGCUGUGCAGCUCUGCUAUGGACCCCCGGCCUACAGCCCUGCAGGAAGCCUUGAGCCAGUGCCCAGCAUGGAGGCCCUGGGGCCUGGCCUCCCGGCGUACCCCACAGAGGACGUGGCCAGCCAGGUGCUGGGCCCCCCGGCAUGCGCCCUGUACCCCACCCCUGUGCUGUCUGAGGAGGAGCUGCUGCUGGGCAGUCCUGCCCUGGAGGUCUCGGACAGCGAGUCAGACGAGGCCCUCAUGACCGGCCCCGAGGGGAGGGGAUCCGAGGCAGGAGCACGCAAGAAGCUGCGCCUGUACCAGUUCCUGCUGGGGCUGCUGACCCGCGGCGACAUGCGCGAGUGCGUGUGGUGGGUGGAGCCGGGCGCCGGCGUCUUCCAGUUCUCCUCGAAGCACAAGGAGCUCCUGGCGCGCCGCUGGGGACAGCAGAAGGGCAACCGCAAGCGCAUGACCUACCAGAAGCUGGCGCGCGCCCUGCGCAACUACGCCAAGACCGGCGAGAUCCGCAAGGUGAAGCGCAAGCUCACCUACCAGUUCGACAGCGCGCUGCUGCCCGCCGCCCGCCGGGCCUGAGC